CGGCGGGGAAAACAGGUCCUGCACUGGGCGGGGAAUCAUUGCAUGAGGUUGCAGCUUGUCACCCCCGACAAGCGAGAGAAACGGAGAGGGGGGGUUUGCCGUUAAGUCCUAUCAUCUGACCAUGUCAAUACCAUAGUAUCGCUGAACAAUAGGCGGAGUGCCUGAGGUCCGAGAUAUUCCAAUAUUUUGCAAGUAUUUUUUCCUAGGCUGUCCACCUAGGCGUCCUGUGAAGCUGGUCAUGAGGAUGCCUGAACCCCCAUACCCCCUUCACGAAUCUGUUCGUGACCUCAUCGACCCUGAAUAUGCCGCUUUUUACAAUGAACACAUCAUCGAUAAGCAACAGGUCCAUUACCAGCCCAUUGCCGUAUCACGAGCGUCUGGCAUUCUCAUUCCCGGUGCGGGGCCCAUGAUCCCCGUUGGUAAGACUCAGGACCUCGCAAUCAAGCGGCAGGAGUCAAAAGGCCCAGCCUUAAGGGUACGGUGUUUUACCCCUGCUGCGGAGAAAGAGCCUGAUGGUGGAUGGCCCGUCCUGCUGUAUUAUCACGGCGGAGGGUGGGUGCUGGGAAACCUUGACACCGAGAAUGUAGUGUGUACAAAUAUAUGUGCAAGGGCUAAUUGUGUCGUUGUUACGACGGAUUAUAGGCUGGCGCCCGAAAACCCAUUUCCGGCCGCUGUCGACGACUCAUGGGAAACCGUCUUGUGGAUCCACGGGGAAGGCCGCGAGCUUCUGAAUGUCGAUACUAGCCGCAUUGGUGUGGGUGGCUCCUCCGCGGGUGGAAACCUUGCAGCCAUCAUGGCUCACCGUAGUGUCGCACGAAAUUUACCACCCCUGAGAGUCCAGCUUCUCAAUGUUCCGGUCAUGGAUAAUACCGCCGACGUAUCAAAUAACCGAUCAUACAAGGACUAUGAACACACUCCUGCUCUCCCUGCAUCUAAAAUGAUAUGGUACCGCCACCAUUAUCUGCCGAAUGAAUCAGUCAGAUCGAACCCUGAAGCUAGUCCACUCAUGUAUCCCGACGAUGCUCCCACCUGGGAUGGGUUGCCACAUGCGAUAGUAGUGGUGGGUGAACUGGAUGUGUUGCGAGAAGAAGGGGAGCAGUAUGCUGCAAAGUUGAAACGUCACGGAGUUAGUACUGAUUUGCACGUGAUGCAAAGGCAGCCUCAUCCGUUUCUAGCAAUGGAUGGUGUGUUGGAGGCCGGGAGGCAAGCAAUCACAUACAUGGUUGAAGGGUGUAAGGUGGGAUUCUCAUAGUGAUAUGCCAAAUAGUUUCGGGCAUUUCUUUCUUUCUAUACCUCCACAACCAUGUGAGCUGUUUCAAUCGUCCAAGGACAGAGAUGUCACGAAGUUGUGUGUUGAUGAACCAAAACUCAGUGCACAGAGGGUUUCACUAUUGAUAGUAUAUCCACCACAGUUCUAGUGAACCAGUCGUGGCCGAGUUUUCGAAAUUGUAGAUUCACAGAACUGAAAGUCAGCGCUCUUGCCUUCAGUA